UACAGCCAUACAACACAUAUCAGAGUCAGUGUUUGUGGGACUGUGUCGUAAAGUGGGGACCUCACAAUUGGUGGCCAUGAGGCGAGAUAUGGUGGAUAUUUGGGAUAAGGUGAAAAAUCAAGUGAAAUCAAGUGAUAAUAUCAGUGUGAUGUUGAGUGGAAGUUACAGAGAAGGAUUAAGGCUGGAAGGAUCAGAUUUAGAUUUUAUGUACUGGCCCAAAAAUCAUCGCGUAAUCUGGGACUUAUCUCAAUCUCAGUAUUACAACACACACAGACAAACACUGGUCCUCUGUGACUGUUCUGAUAGCCCACCAGGAUUCACUUUGUUAUAUUUACUGUCACCAAGCAUGAACAGUGACAUUCAAAGUGCUUGUGUUACAAUGAAUAACAGACAUUGCAUAUCUAGUUCUAAAUGCAAACAAAUCGUGCUUUCCAAAUCAUCCCCAACCAAAGCCACUCCACAUGGACCCUGUGCCAGAGGAACAAUUAAAACAAUAGAAUAUGAUCAAGCUCUCUGUUUUCUUUGUGACUUUUGGCCUCAAUCUGCCUCCUCAUGGAUAGACAGAUGUCGUUCAUGGCCACAGCCUCAUGUUGUUUAUAAUAUAGUUAAAAAUGGAUUUCACUUUGUAGCCAUAGGAAAUGGACUAAGUAGACAUGAAGACCAUGAAUGGAGAAUCUCUUAA